GGGUCCCUCUUCCGCGCGCGACGCUGAUGGGUCGUUAGCGGAUACGGUGGCCGCGGGGGUGGUGUCAGCGGCCUCUGCCCGGCUUGGCGCCCGGCUCGGAGACUGACUCGGCCCUCUCGUCUGGCAGCCGCGGUUCCACCAUGGCUCCCAAAGGCGGCUCCAAGCAGCAGUCCGAGGAGGACCUGCUCCUGCAGGAUUUCAGCCGCAACCUCUCGGCCAAGUCCUCGGCGCUCUUCUUCGGGAACGCCUUCAUCGUGUCCGCCAUCCCCAUUUGGCUAUACUGGCGAAUAUGGCAUAUGGAUCUUAUUCAGUCUGCUGUUCUGUAUAGUGUGAUGACCCUAGUAAGCACAUAUUUGGUAGCCUUUGCAUACAAAAAUGUGAAAUUUGUUCUCAAGCACAAAGUAGCACAGAAGAGGGAGGAUGCUGUUUCCAAAGAAGUGACUCGAAAACUUUCUGAAGCUGAUAACAGAAAGAUGUCUCGGAAGGAAAAAGAUGAAAGAAUCUUGUGGAAGAAGAAUGAAGUUGCUGAUUAUGAAGCUACAACAUUUUCCAUCUUCUAUAAUAACACCCUAUUUCUGGUCUUGGUCAUUGUUGCUUCCUUCUUUAUACUGAAGAACUUCAACCCCACAGUGAACUACAUUUUGUCCAUAAGUGCUUCGUCGGGCCUCAUCGCCCUCCUGUCUACUGGCUCCAAGUAGAGCACGUCAGCUUCCCUCCACCGCCCUGGCUUUGUGUCUAUGGGUGGCCUGUGGUAUAUGGAAAAGUAGCAGGGUGGUCAGGGUGGAAGACACACAAGCUGUUUUUGUAAAAGUCUGGAGUUUGAGGGUUUGAAAAACCCAACAAAAUGUAAUUCAAUAUUUGUUUAUUGGCUCUUUUUUUUUUUGACAGAUUGUUAAAAUUAAAUGAAUUGAAAGGGAAACUCAAGAGUACCAGGACAUUUAUUAAAAGGCAAAAGUGUUGCAAUAUGUUAUAAUCACAAGGGGAGAAAAUAACUUGUUUCCUUGACUUGUCAGAGGUCACAGUAACCUGGACUGAGCUGUUAUUAUUUAUAAUAGUAGCAAGAAGUUAAUAAUUGGUUCUGUGUGUUCCAAGCACAAUAUUACAACUUUUUUUUGAACCACAAAUAUCAGAAUGAGUCCUCUCCCUCUGGGGGAUUGAACAGAAGCUUCAUGUUUGCAAGUCUCUGAAUUUGUGAUUUGAAAUAACUCAAAGUUAAAACAUUAGUUUCUCCAACUUGGAGAAGAGAAACUUGUGGAAAAGUUGUUCUUUUUUUUUUUUUAAAGGAAGAAAGGCAGCCAAGGUAAUAAUCUAAAAAUAGUGCCUAGGCAUAUGAGAGUUGUCCUAUGCGGUUAUUAAAGUACACACUGCUCAGCUCUAUAGCUUUGGUCCUGGGUGUCCAGGGAGGUUAGCUUGACCCUACCAUGUUGGUUUGACCUAUUAAGAGAAUGGAAUCAUUGUUUUCUCUUGACCGGGGUCUCACAUCACUGGAGGAAUGUUCAAUAAGAGAAGCUCUUUCCUGAAUAUUGAUGUGUAAAAGACCAAAGUAAUUUUUGUGAUCUUAGUUCUGGAAUUCUAAGAACUCUCCAAGAAAUUACAGUGGUUUUGGUGCUGGUCAGCAUUUUUCCAUGAGGACUUUUCGUAAAUUUGACCCUUUAGUCCAAAGGUUCCUAUCAAUUGUAAACAAAAUAUUGAUCUCUUUAGACCUUGUGGGUCCAGCCAAGAGCAGUCUCUUGCAUUUUUUAACCAGUGUGUUUACAGGUAAUUAUUUUUUUCUAUAGGCCACGAUUUGAAAAAGUUUGGGAAACUCUUCUUGAACCUACAUCACUUGAAAGGUUAUGGACUCACAGGUGAUAAUUCCUGUCAGCUUUUGACCACAUCCAGUACUUUUCUACAAACAGUAUCUUAAAGGAAAUAUAUUCCCAAUGGCUAAUCUUAACUUUAAUGUUUGGUUUCCACUUCUAAAUUUAAGGUGAAUGUUGCAAAUAAUAUUCACCAUUUAUAACUAUAGAAAGAUAUUCACCAGGAGUCCAUCUUCCAAUUCCAUGCUGUUGGAUGUUUUGGGAAGUCACAUCUAAGAACCUGGAAGGAAGACAGGCCAGGAGUACGUUUGCCUAGUGACCCAGAUCAUCAUUAUCUUCAACUGAGGAUUAGAUUUCAUCAUUGCUUUUAGAAGUCUGCAGUUCUUUACUUUUCUCUGGUACAUUGUUAUCCAUGUGCCACCACUGGGUAAUAAGGGGUUAAUGGGGAAGUCAGAAGAAAGACCCUGCAUAGUAGUUAGUGUAGCACAUAAGAAGUUUAUUUUUAUUAUGUUUUAACUUUUUUUUUCUGUUGAUUAAUAACUGGUCAGUAGUUUGGUGGCGUGGCGUUUGUACCAAUUGCAUUUGCUUAUUUGACAAAAUGACUAUUUGACAAACCAUCAAUGUCUACUGUUUGUUACCAGAGCUGGGUCAAGUAAUUUUUUACCUGUAAUUUUUAACUUGCAGGUAAAAAAUUGCCACUAGGUGGCAGUGCCUGUAUAGAUGGGAAAAAAAUUCUUAUAAUACAGUAUACCUGAGAUGGGGUGGCAAAAUAGGGGCAUCGGUGUGACGUUCUUGAUAGAGUGCCUCUUGAGUUAAUAAACUGAAUAAUUUGUAGAAAAGUGAGGAAGCAAAAUUUGGUUUUGGUCCUGAAAUUUUCCUAUGGCACUUUUUGUUUUUAAUCCUGAUAAUAGUUUCUAACUUUCUAUACUGUCAGAUAAAUUCUGACCUAUAAGUUCAUAAGACAUAUUCUGAUGGUUCUGCAGUUUUAACUAAGGAUUUACUGUACCAGUGCUUUACUCUUAGGAGCUGUGGAACCUUUUCCCCAGCACUCUCCGUGUCACCUAGAAAGACUGUGUAGCGCAUAGAAUUAUGAUGUGCUGGAUCUGGCUUAGUUUAGUAAAAGCCUGCUGGAGAAUUUUUAUCUUAAAAAUACCUCUUAUCGGGCUUCCCUGGUGGCGCAGUGCUUGAGAGUCCACCUGCUGAUGCAGGGGAUACGGGUUCGUGCCCCGGUGUGGGAAGAUCCCACAUGCCGCGGAGCGGCUGGGCCCGUGAGCCGUGGACGUUGAGCCUGCGCGUCCGGAGGCUGUGCUCCACAACGGUAGAGGCCACAACAGUGAGAGGCCCGCGUACCGCUAAAAAAACAAAACAAAAAAAUGCCUCUUAUCCAACACCAGUAAAAUAAAAGGGGUUUUGCUGUAAUUGGGAUUCAAAGUGAUUUAAUUCCUGUUUUUACACCCCUUGUGAUAAGUUAGAAGUUCAUUUAUAACUUAAUACUUGGGUUGAAAUUAUUCUUAGCCAGUAAAAAUCUACUGGUUGACCUAUAUGGUAUAUUAUUCUAACUUGGAUAGAAUAAUUUGAAGCAAGUUUGAAGUUAACAAAUGUGGAGAUUGGCUUUAUACCCAAAAUUCUUAUGAAUUUUUUCUUUUUUUGGUCACACCGCAUGGCUUGUGGGAUCUUAGUUCCCUGACCAGGGAUUGAACCCACGCCCUCAGCAGUGAAAGCAGAGUCCUAACAGCUGGACCGCCAGGGAAUUCCCAAAAGGUCUUGCUUAUUGAGUAUCAUUAAGUUUUGCUUUGUAAAAUUUAUAUUUUCCUUAGACUUCUUUAUAAGAACCGUGUGAUUAAGUAUAUUAUCUUUAUUACAUUAUUUCAUGUUAACCAUUAAUUUCCCAUGCAUGUAAAUGCACAUUUUUGUAGUUACUGAUCAAAUGCUUGUAAGGGCUGUAAGGGGUUAUCUCCCACACCUCCUUGGACUCCCAAGUAGGGGGAUUCAUUGAAGAUUAGGAGGGUCUUUUGGGUGGUUGGUUUGAUUUUCAUGGAGGUGGUUACAGAUGAACUUCUCAUUGGCCUUCAUGAGUUUUCAUUGCAUUUCUUUGACCUUUCCUUCUUAACUGAUCCUGAAUUUGGAUUCAUUUCCAAGUUUUUUUAACUUAAAAAAUCACACACACUUUUUCAUAAAGCUUUAAAGCUAAAAAAAAUCACCCCUACAAGAGCACUGGACUGGAACACAAAAUACUUGGGUUCUAGGCCUGGUUCUGCCAUCAACUUGCAGUAUGAGUUUGGGCGAGUCCUUUAAUCUCCUCAGGCCUGGGUUCCUCAUUUGCAGGGAGUGGGGUGGUCUCAAAGGUGGCGAAGGCCCCUUGAAGCCCUGCCAUCUAUCUGGUGACCCUUGGUGCACACUGCGGAUGAAGAUGAAGUGGCAGUUCUUACAGUGGGAAGCCAGGCACAGGGCUUCUAGUUUUCAUUUCCCUUGGCUGAGGUUUCAGUGUGUGGCUGGCUGCCACCCAGGUUACCCUUUGGAAUGGUAUGUUCUCUGCCAAGGAAAUCUUUCCAGAAAAGAAAGGAAAAUGAGAGUGCAUGGAAAUUUUUCUUAAGGCUAGAACUGUGAAAUGUACUUAUCUAGUAUAUUUACCAUGGCACAUGAUUUGUAUAUAAAACUAGAUGUUCCCACGGCCAAGCAAUGUUGGUAUUUGAUUUUAAUUUGCAGGUUCUUUUAAAUGCGUUUGAGAAGCUUUAACCUUAGUACGGAACAUAUCUGAAACCCAAGGAGAAAUAUCUCCAGUAGCUAAUCAUUUUCUCCAUUAACAAGAGAAAAAAAGUCUGGGUUGCAAAUUAAAUCUUUUGAUAAAUCUAUUUCUGUUAGGUAUCACUCAGUGCAGCUUACCUGCCAACAUUUUUUUUUUUUGCGGUACGCGGACCUCUCACUGUUGUGGCCUCUCCCGUUGCGCAGCACAGGCUCUGAACGCGCAGGCUCAGCGGCCACGGCUCACGGGCCCAGCCGCUCCGCGGCAUGUGGGAUCUUCCCGGACCAGGGCACGAACCCGUGUCCCCUGCAUCGGCAGGCAGACUCUCAACCACUGCGCCACCAGGGAAGCCCCCAACAUUAUUUUUAUUUAAGUGAUUCUUACUGCCUGUUUUAUGAAGAUGGGUGUGUGUGUGUAUAUAUCUCCUAUAAUGAUAUAUAUAUAGCCUUAUAAUGAUAGAUCAGAUAAAAACUAAUUGUGAGAUUAAAUGCACAAAUGCUUUUAUUACUCUAAGCAAAUAAACUGCAGUUCCAAUUAGACAACUUCA